AUGGAAGCAAAAAGUAUAAUUUUGGAAGAUUUGUUGGAAUCCUCUUCAUCGUCAAAGGAGGAGGACAUGUAUCCAUUAUUAUUGGAACGAAACUUUAGUGGCAACAAAACAACCUUUAGAGAGGUGGCAAAUGUGUUUGACAUGUCAUUAUCAAAUCUUCAUAAUUCUUUCCAACAAAUUUUAAAAUUUUUAUUGGAUGAAAUAGCUUCUGAAGCUAUAAAAAAAGUUAUUUCCAAUGAUUUUCAACAGGUGUCACAGAAAAUAUCUGGUUUCCCAAAUGUUUUAGGGUGCAUAGACGGAAGCUAUAUUUCUGUUAGAACUCCUAAACACAAAAUCCGUUCUACAUACGCAAAUAGACAUGAUACAGUGUCAAUAACUCUGCAGGGCAUCUGUGAUUCGAAGCUGCGUUUUUUAGACGUAUAUACAGGAGUUCCAAGCAAAGAAUUGCAAAAUUUAUGUGCACCAAAUUACCAUUUAUUGGGAGAUUCAGCUUAUCCACUAAGGGAAUAUCUUUUAACACCAUUCCAUGAUUAUGGCAACUUGAGUGACUCCGAAAAAAACUAUAAUUUGAAAUUUUGCCAGUCACGUGUCAAAAUUCAGAAUGCGUUUGGUGUUCUUAAAAGUCGCUUUUGA